UAUCUACUCCUCCUCCUCCAACUGUUAGUCUUGUAAUUCAGACAUGGCUGGUUUGUUUUGUUUUUCUUCUAUUGCUUCACUACGACAUCCGCAUAUCUCUCUCUUAGUUUGUCUUCAUUCUUAUGUGUAAACCGCAGUUUGUCGGUACUACAUUCUCUAAGUACUUCACCCCUCCACACUCAGUUUUCUAACUAUCUAUUUGUUUUUGUGGAAUAACACCAUCAACAUUUCCAACGGGGAAAAACAGAGACAGUGCACUUUACAAUCAACGACCACAGAGCUGGCUUAUCAAACACUGUAGUAACUGUUAUUAGAAACUAGUACUAGUUUUCUUGCCUUCCCCACCACUCUUUACUACUGUUAUCAGUACUAGUUUUCUAACCCCUGCUCUUUGCUACUGUUAUUCAUAUUUCCUCUCAUACACACACACAUAUAUAUCUUUUUAAAUAUACACUACACCACACGGAUAUGACUCCAGUUUCACCGCCAUAACAAAAACACAAGCAGCAAGCAAACAACAUCCACACAUCAACAACGUAUAUAUAUAUAUAUAUCAAUAACUAUAGUACAAUAGCUGGUUCGCCCAUCUAUUAUUUUCCCUUUAUAUACACACCUCUUGUACGUUCCUAACGACACCAAUUCACAAUCACAACAUGCCCUUCCUCAAUAGGUUAUUCCAGAGUAAAAGGGCCAGAAAUUACAACAGUAAACCUACAAUUCCGGAGCCAAAAAAGCCAUGGAUUUCCCCUGAAUUUGACAAGAAGCAAGUCCGAUUAGUUGUGUACCUGGACAGUGACCUGCGUGGCCGUCAACUUUUGUUUGAUUCAAAAGCUUUCCCACAGAUGGAAGACAACAAUGAGGAGUUUCUGCAUGUGCGCCGAAAUAAUGCAGUGAUGCUCCCUGGGAAAUGUUCACACGGACUAUAUCCACGACCUGGCAGUGAUGUUGAAAUUCUGGAAGAGAUGAUAUUUGGUUCUGUAGCAAUGGCCUACAAGGGAGCCUCACUCAAAGUCCACAUCCUUAGAUCUCCACAUCAACUCAUGUUAACCAAAGUUUUCUUACCUGAGCAAGAAAAGAAAGAAACUGGCAGUGAAGUUGAUAGUGACUCCUACAUCAGUCUUCCACCUGCAGAUUUAAGUUCUUUGAAGUGCAGUAGUUCCAAAGGAAAUAUAGCCCAUAGCCUGCCAAUGGAUAUGCCUCUAAGGAACUAUGAUGCCGAAGAAGACAGUGGAAGGGCUUCAAUUACUUCUAGUGACAGUUUCACCACCUCAUUUCCAUCACCUGGAAGCAGCACUGCCAGCAGCUACAACAGUCUUCAUCGACGAUGGAUGCGUGCUCAGAAAACAUCCUUGGAGUCACGAGGAAGGAAAGGGUCUCAAGAAAUAGUUGGAUCAGAUACAUCAUCUUUACCAAGAUCUAGAAGAAAUAAACUUGGGAUUGCUGUAUUGUUUAAUUUAUGGAAUGAUGAAGAAAAAAAUAGCAUGUUCUUGACUUUCUUCUUUGCCCACAUUCCUUUAUUUGAGGGCCACUUAGAGAAACUCAGUCAAACUGUCAACCAUGCCUUCAAUAACAAGAAAUAUUUUUUGUCCAUUGUAAUGGAGGGUUUGGAAAUUUUACGAAGUGAUCUGCAUGACUUGUACACAGCCCCACGACUCUCUGAACCAGUGUGGCUCAGUAUGAUGGCCCACAGCAAUUAUAAAUAUGUCCACUGCAAUAAGUUUAUGCAACAGUUCACUGCACUUGUAGACAAAUUUGAAAACAAAAAUACACACUUCUUUAUAAGUACAGUAAUCAGUGCUGUACUCACAUACCACCUAGCCUGGGUACCUACAGUCACUCCCACUGGAGGAACAACAUCAAAAAAAUACAUGGACAAGCAUUCAGCUAAAUGGUUGGAUGCCCUGGCCAGAACACACCCUUACAAUCCCUUGUGGGCCCAGCUAGGAGAUCUUUAUGGAAGUAUUGGAAAUCCACUAAGACUCUCGCGGACUGUGGUCACCGGUAAAAAAGCUGAUUUAGUUUCCAAAAUAUUACACGUUCUCAGCUAUUUUAUCCGCUGUAGUGAGGUGCAUGAAAAUAUUGAUUUAUGCAAUGUGACUUCUGCCUUAGAAGGUGUGUCAUUUGAUGACACAUCCAGCGAGUGCGAACGGACUCUCAGUGAUAUCAUAUCUAUGGACCGUGAAUCAAUCAUGGAUGUUCAGAUUAACAAUUUAAUUAAUGAGUUUCGUACUAAUGAAAUAGAAAAGGAUGAUACUCUUCCUCCCCACGAAAAAGCGUGCAGCAUGACAAGUGCUACUGUACAGGAGCACUUGCCAUGUGAAAAUACGCACAUUGUUGGACAUGCUACAUCACUUGACUCUCAUCAAACUGAUGCUAUAGUAACGGGAAGAAGGAGUAGUAGUAGUAGUAAUAGUGAUGCCACCUCAUUGUGCCAAAAUCAAAAAAAGAAUCGUUCAAAAUUGUCUGAGCAGCUAGCUCAGCAUGACUUCCAGCAGUCCAGCUCCAAGUCCACUUCAUCAAUUUGUGAUGUUCAGAAUGGUUUUAAAGAAGAUGUCAACAGUACAUUUGAUGAAUACUUCACCAGUUCAGAACCGAGGACCAAAGAUGAAAUUGUGGCCAUCUCUGAGGUUGGAUUGCCUAUAGUUGACAUUUUAAGUACUAGUAACUCUAUCGCGACAUCUGUGAUAACGUCCUCAACAUUUCCUGAUGAUGAGGAUUCUCUGCAGGACGGCCAGCCUUCACUUUCUGCAACCAGUUCAAAAACCUCUCUUUCUAAUGGUCAACCAGUCAGUGCUCCAACAAAAGUGUCUUUGGCACGCUCGGUGUCUAGCUUAUCAGAAGCCAGUCGCUCGAGACACAUGUCUUCAGCCAGUGCCAACACUCAUGAUGUGGAACUUAUUGACCCUCUAUUCACCUGUAAAGAAUUACCAAUGCCAAAGUGCAAUAGUCAGGGAACAAAAAAAGCGGUUAGCAGUUUUGCGAAGAAUUUUGGCCGUUCCUUACUGGCAGAUUUUUCCGACCAUUAUUUAUCUGAUUUUGUAUUACAUGGAACAUCAAGUUCACACUUUCAUCGAAAGAUGAACAAAGACCUUCAACAAGCAGUUCAGCACUCUAUCUUGGAUGAACCUAUCACAGAAGCUGUGUGUAUUUUAGCAAACACUGAUGAAUGGAAUGUUAGCAUUGCCAGUAGCUGCAGAAUUGAUAAAUCUCCAAUCCCUUGCUCUGCUUCUCGCUUAGUCUGUGAUAUGGUUGAAUCUGUGUCAGAUCUGUGGAAACUAAAGAUGAGCCCUGAAUUUUGUAUGAUGCAUCUUGAAGAUCGUCUACAAGAGAUCUACUUCAAGAGUAUGAUGUUGGUAGAAUAUGCUCAUGGAAUUAACAAACCCUCUAUGAAAGAACUGACAACAAUGUUGGGGUUUGAUGCCAGUGAUAUUCCAUUGCUAUUAGCUGUGGCAUCAACUCAUUCCAGCCAAGCUGCUUGAACUGAAGCCAAAACAAGACAAAUUGGCAACACAACGUUACACUUUUCUCCUGCCUCAAAAUUAAUGUUGCAGAAGGAAAGAAGUGCGCACACUCACACACACAUGCAUACAUGUAUACACAUACAUGUUUGCAUGCACAUGAAAAUACAAAAAGAGAAUGAAUGAAUGAAUGAAUGGAUGGAUGGAUGGAUGGAUGGAUGAAGGGACAAAAUGGCUAGAAGCCAUAUUGAUUGAAAUGAUUUAUUUAUAUCACCUUAUUAUCCCCAAUUCCUUCCCACACUCUAUUACCCCCACCCCUCCUUGGAGACAAAAUCCUCAAUGACUGCUUUUUAUUGCCCUGCAAGGCCAGCUUUUAACUGAUGUGUGAGGACAUUCACACACUAGCAUGUGCACAUACGCACACACGUGUGUGGGUAUACAUAUGCAUGUGCACGCACACACACACGUGUGUAUCCAUAUAUACACGCGCGCGCGCGCGUGUGUGUAUGUAUAUAUAUACACACACAUACACACAGGCCAGAAGAAAAUGGAUAUUUUCUUUAGAGAGCCGAGACUGAAAGUUAGUGACUGGUCUUAAUUCCCAUUCACACUAACAAUUACUCAAAAUACAUAGGUUCAGUUCUCAAAUGGCUCUUCAAUCAUUUUCCAUUUUCUUUCUGUCUAUAUAUUUAUAAAUUUUUGGCUGAAGCUAUCUAUAUAUCUAUAUUUAUCUGUAAAUCUCUCUCUCUCUCUCUCUCUAUAUAUAUAUAUAUAUAUAUAUAUAUAUAUAUAUAGUAUUGCUGAAAUUACUCUGUUGCUACUCUGAGUUUGUUUAGUAUCCUUACCAAGUAUAAAUAUGUGCUCAAUAAGGAUGCUUGCAAGACCCAGGGUAGCAGCAGAGCAAUCUCAGCAUUUCUAUAAUUAAUAACACCCUAUUUCUGAUUUGAGUAUAUUUUGCUUUUAUUUGUAAAUUCAUAUGUAUACAUGUGUGUAUCUAUAUAUCUAUUUAUAUGUGUGUAUGUGUGUGUGUUUGUAUAUCUAUAUAUAUAUAUAUAUGUAUAUAUAUAUGUGUAUGUGUGUGUAUAUGUAUAUAUAUAUAUAUAUAUGUGUGUGUGUGUAUAUAUAUAUAUAUAUAUAUAUAUAUAUAUAUAUAUAUAUAUAUAUAUAUAUAUAUAUAUAUAUAUAUAUAUAUAUAUAUAAGAGUAUGUGUGUAUGCAUAUAAAAUAUAUAUGUGUAUGUAUGUAUUUAUAUGCUGUUUUAAUCCUAGGAAGGUUGUGUGGAAAAUAAGCAGCUGCCCAUACAAUCAGUUCUUCUUCAAGCCCCUUAUGUUUCCCAAAGGCAAGGGCUGAUACAGUUUGGCACCAAUGUUAUGGUAGAAGUUUCCAGAAUAAAAGAAUGUAACAAUCUAAGAUUAGAUUACCUUACAGACCUCACCUAUGGAUUAUGUCUCAGGUCAGUUUAGCUCCUGAAGCCUUUCACAUGAACAAGUAUGGCAAGGCAUAAAGAUUUGAGAUCAGAGUUUGCACUCUCUCAGAUGGACCCCCUUUGCAAUCAGACCAGCUCCAUCCACUUGAAGAACUGGUUUUAUUUCACCAGCAACUACCUUCACCUCUUUUCCUGUCAGUAUAAACAGUUCCUCUAGGCUUAGAGGCUUAGCUGCUUGAGAAGGCCACAAGUUGGUUGGGUUUGGUUUGUCAGAAGCUAUUUAUGACACACACCAUGAUGAGUACUUAUUCCUUUUUUUUUUUCUGGAAGCUUGUGUCUGCUACCAUUUCUUGGAUUAACAACCUUGUAACCAGGUUUAGAUAUAUGUACACACAUGUACACACACACAUCUAAACCUGUAUAUAUAUAUAUGUGUGUGUGUUUAUAUAUAUAUAUAUAUAUAUAUAUACAUAUAUACACAUGCUCAUGUAUACAUAUACUCAUACAUAUGUGCAUAUAUAUAUAUAUAUAUAUAUAUAUAUACACACACACAUACAUACACACACACACACAUACAUACACACACACACACAUACAUAUAUGGAUGUUGAAUAUCAGAUGAGCUUAUUUUGCAUCAAGAUAAGAUUGUCAUAAGAGCUAAGCAGUCAUUUGAAGGAAAGUUUUGAAACUUUGCCAUCUCUCCCUCCCUUCCUCCUGUUACCAUUGUUUUCUUCAUCCACCCUUCCCUCCUUUGCACCUCCUCUUCCUUCUCCUCCUCCUCCUCUUCUCUGUUAUGCUGAAAUGGUUGCUUGAUCUGUACGUUGGACAUGUUUCAUCUGUUGACAAGCAGGAACAUGUCACAACUCUUUAGACUUUCAUUGAAAAAUAAAUUGGAUUCUUGCAUCAUCAUAUAAACAUGUGA